UGCAGCUGACUGAAGCAGCAUACAGAAAACAUAAAGUGAACUCAAACGAACAAACUCUAAAGCUCUCAAACUACUCUCUUACUAUUUGUGCUCUCUCAAUAAUAAAUUUUUCUUUAAUUGUGAUCGUGCUUCAAAUUGUACUGAAAUCAAAAUGAGUAAAACUCCUGCUAUUGGUAUUGAUCUUGGUACAACUUACUCUUGUGUUGGUGUUUUCCAGCAUGGAAAAGUUGAAAUCAUCGCUAAUGACCAAGGAAACCGAACAACGCCUAGCUAUGUGGGUUUCACUGAUACCGAAAGGUUAAUCGGUGAUGCUGCUAAGAAUCAAGUAGCUAUGAACCCAUCUAACACCGUGUUCGAUGCUAAAAGGUUGAUUGGUCGACGCUUCGAUGAUGCCACUGUUCAAUCAGAUAUGAAACACUGGCCGUUCAAAGUCAUCAAUUCCGCAUCCAAGCCUAAGAUCCAGGUCGAUUUUAAGGGUGAAACUAAAACCUUCUGCCCUGAAGAAAUCUCAGCUAUGGUCCUCACCAAGAUGAAGGAGACCGCCGAAGCAUACUUGGGUAAGCCUGUUACUAAUGCUGUUAUAACUGUACCUGCCUACUUCAAUGAUAGUCAAAGACAAGCCACUAAAGAUGCCGGUACUAUUGCUGGUUUAAAUGUUAUGAGAAUAAUUAAUGAACCAACUGCAGCAGCCAUUGCUUAUGGUUUAGAUAAGAAAGGUGGUGGUGAAAAGAACAUCCUAAUCUUUGACUUGGGUGGUGGUACUUUUGAUGUAUCUGUGUUGACUAUUGAAGAUGGUGUCUUCGAGGUCAAAUCAACUGCUGGUGAUACUCAUCUUGGUGGUGAAGACUUUGAUAACAGGAUGGUUAACCACUUCAUCGAAGAAUUCAAAAGGAAACAUAAGAAGGAUAUUACAUCCAACAAACGAGCUGUUAGGAGAUUAAGAACUGCUUGUGAACGAGCAAAGAGAACCUUAUCCUCAUCUACUCAAGCCAGCAUUGAAAUUGACUCUUUACAUGAGGGUGUUGAUUUCUACUCAACAAUUACUAGAGCUCGUUUUGAAGAACUCUGCUCAGAUCUAUUCCGAUCAACAUUGGACCCAGUCGAGAAAGCUCUUCGUGAUGCUAAAUUAGAUAAAUCAGCAAUAGAUGAAAUUGUAUUGGUUGGAGGUUCAACAAGAAUUCCAAAGAUCCAGAAACUUCUACAAGAUUUCUUUAAUGGUAAAGAACUCAACAAGAGUAUUAAUCCAGAUGAAGCUGUUGCUUACGGCGCAGCUGUGCAAGCUGCAAUCCUUAAUGGUGAUAAGGAUGAAACUGUUAAAGAUUUACUUCUUCUUGAUGUUGCUCCAUUAUCUCUCGGUAUUGAAACUGCCGGUGGAGUAAUGACUGCUCUGAUUAAACGAAACACCACCAUUCCAACUAAGACAUCUCAAACUUUCACUACUUACUCAGAUAAUCAACCUGGUGUACUAAUUCAAGUAUACGAAGGUGAAAGAGCAAUGACCAAAGACAACAAUCUUUUGGGUAAAUUUGAAUUAACUGGUAUUCCUCCAGCUCCUCGAGGUGUUCCACAAAUCGAAGUUACCUUCGAUAUUGAUGCUAAUGGUAUAUUAAAUGUAUCAGCAGUCGAUAAGAGUACCGGCCGAGAAAACAAAAUUACCAUCACCAAUGAUAAAGGACGUCUUUCUAAGGAACAAAUUGAAAAGAUGGUUAACGAAGCUGAAAAAUAUAAAGAAGAUGAUGAAAAAGUUAAGGAACGAGUUGCUGCUAAGAACGGCCUUGAAGGUUACUGCUUCAGUAUGAAACAGACUAUGGAAGAGGCUAAUAUCAAAGACAAGGUUCCUGAAGACGAUCGUAAAAAAGUAAUUGACAAGGUUGAGGAAACAUUGAAAUGGUUAGAUUCUAAUCAAUUAGCAGAGAAGGAAGAAUUCGAGUUUAAGCAAAAAGAACUUCAAGAACUUUGUAAUCCAAUCAUUACCAAAAUGUAUCAAGGAGCUGCUGGUGCCGGUGAAAUGCCCGGUGGUAUGCCUGGUGGAAUGCCUGGUGGAAUGCCCGGCGGAAUGCCUGGUGGUUUCACUGGUGGUAUGCCAGGUGGUGGCGCACCUAAAUCUGGUCCAACCAUUGAAGAAGUCGAUUAAAUUGAUAGUCAUGAUGUACAAAAUUUUACAUAAUUUAGAUGUUUCAUUUAAUUUUUUGAAAAUGCUUGUCACCUGUAAUUCAUACACUGUUCAUUUCAAAUGAAAAAUAUAUGUAUUUAUUUUCAUUGUUAAAUAAACUUUAUUAAGUUCAACUUAUAAUAAAA